AUGGAUGAAUACGGACAAAGCUCUAACGAGAAGAGGCUCGACUACUUUGCUGCUCCAGCUAAAAUGCUGGACUCUGGGUUUCUAAAAGCCCUCGAAAGCCGAAAGCAAUCUCAUCAUGGGGAAGGCAAGGAUACCGAUAUAUCAUUGCUAUGCCCACAGAAUACGAUUGCCAGUGAACAAUCUGUUACAAAAAAAUAUUUAUGCUGGGCCCUGGGGAGUGGGUCGUCACACAGCGCGACAUCCUACUACUACAGAGAGGACAAGUAA